UAUAUAAGCGUGAGGCCAAGAACCUCAAACCCAACCACCUUAACCCCUUCCUUCUUCUUCCCCCCAACCAUGGUGGUUUUAAAGUCCACUUCACCUCUCUCACCUUUCUCUUCCCACUUCUUCACCCUCUCCUCCCUCCGCCGUCACCACCACCACCACCAUGCUCACCGCACCACCACCAAGCCCACUUCAAGAGUCAAACACUUCAGUGUCAAAGCUUACAUGGAGAACUCCAAUUCUUUGGGCAGUUUCGCCAACAGGGUCAUCGGGGCACUCCCUGUGGUGGGUCUCAUUGCCAGGAUCUUCAGCGACGAAGGUGGCGUCGGCGAUGACCUCGUGGACUUUGCUGAGUUCAGAAGGCGCGUUGGGAACAAGUGCUCACAGGCUGAUUCCACUGCCUUCUACGAGUUCCAAGACCGACGAGGAAGGGCAGGGGAUCCACUCUAUGUUCUGUUAUGCUGUUGGCUAGCAGCUGUUGGCGCAGGUCUUCUCAAAACUGAGGAUAUUCUAGAAGGGGUCUCUAGGCUUAGGAUCUCAAAUGACAUUGAAUUUGAGGAACAGAACUUCAUGUCCUUGAUGAGUGAGGCAAAAGAGAGAAGGGCAAAGCUAAAGGCUGACCCUCCUGCUAUAGCAAUGGAGGUUCGAGCCGGGAAGGCUCUUGAUGCAAUCUACGUGUGUUGCUUUGAAAGGGAUGCUGUGGAGGAAGAAGAUGAGAGACUGCUCACAGCAAUGCUUGGUGCUGUUUUUCCAACAGUUCAGCGCGAUGUGAUCCAGCGACUUGUGAAAGACAAGGCAGAGAAAAUAGCUGCUGGUGUUGAUGAUGGUUUUGUUUCAGAACUCAAACCUCUAUCAAAAGAAGCCGUUGAAAUACAAAUGAAAGACCUUCAGUUCCUUCAACAAAAUAGUGAGACUUAACAAUGUGGUGAAGCCUGUGAUUUCCACUGCAUAAUAUGAAAUUAUAUUUCAGAAACUACGCUGCUUUAGCCUCUUGGUUUACUCACAGAAAAAAUGACAGACAUCAUAGAUCACAUUCUCUUAUUUUUCGGAUCCAUGUUGAAUGUUGGGGUCAUGACUUUUUGAACACAAAGAAAUUUCAUGUAGUUACUGCCAGCAGAAUAGAUGGUGAAAGUAGUAGUAACUCAUGUCUGCAAAAGGGUAUUUUGGUUUCUAAACUCUUGAAGUGUUCUGAUAUAGUUCUUUCAUUCAA